AUGGCGAUCCUGAACGCGCUGUGGGGCGGCCUCCCUCUGCUCCUGCCUCUGUGCGUCGUUUUGCUCGCGUUUCUUGGAUAUUGUCUUUAUAUCAAAUACUUGCACCUCAAAUAUGACCACAUACCCGGACCUCCACGACCCAGUUUUAUCCUUGGACAUUCUCCAAUCUUUUUGGACGUGAUGAAAAAAGAUGAACUCGUUCAUGACAAGUUCCGUGAAUGGGCAGAGACGUAUGGGCCAGUUUAUAAGAUCAACUUUCUACAUUAUGUGAUCAUUGGUGUAUCCUGCCCACAUGCUACAAAAGAAAUCCUAAUGUCUUCAAAACACCCCAAAGAUAAAUUCCUCUACACACGUCUAUUCAACCUGUUUGGUCAAAGGUUUUUAGGGAACGGCCUGGUGACGGCUCGAAACCAUGAGCAGUGGUACAAACAGAGACGCAUUAUGGACCCGGCCUUCAGCAGCUUAUAUCUGAGAGGUCUUACCGGCACUUUUAACGAGAGAGCGGAGAAGCUGAUGGACAAGCUGACGGAGCAGGCUGACAACGGCACAGAAGCCAAUAUGCUUAGCUUGUUCAACUACGUGGCACUGGACAUUAUUGCUAAGGUUGCGUUUGGCGCUGAUUUGGACCUGGUCAAAUACACUUCACCUUUCCCCAAAGCCAUCGAGAUGUGUAUGAGGGGAAUGGUCCACGUUGUCCGAGACGUAACCUUUGCGUACUUCCCUAAGAAUUGGCCGUUCAUUGAUGAAGUGAGGAAAGCCUGUCGUCUUCUGCGGGAGACUGGAGCUCAGUGGAUCAACGCCAGGAAAGCCGCCAUGCACAACGGAGAGGACAUUCCCAAAGACAUCCUUACACAAAUCAUUAAAUCAGCAGGACAAGAGGAAAGCAUGACCAAAGAGGAUGAGGAGCUGAUGUUGGACAACUUUGUGACUUUCUUUAUCGCUGGCCAGGAAACCACAGCCAAUCAAAUGGCCUUUUGUAUGAUGGAACUGGGAAGACACCCGGAGCUUUUACAGAAAGUGAGAAAAGAGGUGGAUGAAGUCAUCGGAAUGAAGAGAGAAAUCAACAACGAGGAUCUGGGAAAGUUGAAUUAUCUCUCACAGGUGCUACAAGAGACCCUGAGGCUGUACCCGACCGCUCCUGGGACGUCCCGGGAUCUGCUGGAGGACGAAGUCAUUUCUGGCAUCCACAUACCUGCAGGGGCAACCUGUAUGUUCAGCAGCUACACCACAGGUCGACUGGAGACAUUCUUCAAAGAUCCUUUAAAGUUUGAUCCUGACAGAUUUCACCCUGAUGCUCCCAAGCCUUACUAUUGCUACUACCCUUUUGCACUUGGUCCUCGCUCUUGUCUCGGAAAGAACUUUGCUCAAAUGGAGGCUAAAGUGGUGAUGGCCAAACUACUGCAGAGAUUCGACUUCACCCUAGUCCCUGGACAGACAUUUGCCAUCAAGGACACAGGCUCGCUGAGGCCCAUGAGCGGGGUUCCCUGUACCAUCCGACACAGACAGAAUUAG